AUCAUUUUCAAGUAAGCUGCAAAGACAACCACGAAACGUACUGUCCUUACCUUGUAAGCAUCUAUAACUCAUAAUAUGCGGACGUAACAAAGACUUACGAUGGCUAUUCGUCGCACAUCCUCGCACACGAGUAUUUUGUGUUCCCUUUUCCAGAUGCUCUUAAAACCCAAGACGCUGCUCCAAUGCUGUGUGCCGGAAUCACCACCUACUCUCCGCUUGUUGAGAACGGAUGUGGACCAGGAAAGAAGGUUUGAAUCAUUGGAAUUGGUGGCCUGGGUUAUGCCGUGAUGUUUGCCAAGGCUCUUGGUGCAGAGGUGUACACUUUUUCGCGUACCAGUGCCAAAGCCGAGGACGCCAAGAAACUGGGGUCGGACCACUUCAUUGCCACGUACGAGGACAAAGACUGGAAGACCACGUAUGCUAGAAAGAUGGACUUGAUUGUUUCGUGCGGUAGCUCGUCAACAAACUUCGAUCUUAAAGGAUAUUUGGGAUGUUUGAAAGUGCACGGAAAAAUGGUUUGCGUGGGGCUGCCAGAGGAGCCAUUUACGGUGGAGGCGAUGGGUUUCGUUCGUAACGGUGCUUUCUUUGGGUCCUCGCAUCUGGGUAACAGACCACAGAUGCCGGAGAUGUUGCAGCUGGCUGCCGACAAGAAAUUGGCCUCGUGUCUGCCGAUCUCAGAGAAGUCGAUUAAAGAGGUUUUGGAACGGUGCCACGCGAAUCAUGUUCGGUACAGAUUUGUUCUGACCGAUUACGACAAGAAAUUCAGCGAGUAGAGAAAAUCCAAACAAG